GCGACACCCUUCACCGUCCAGUCCGUCCAAUACACCAUCUUCCAAUCCACACCCUGCCCUGGCCCGCUGCACGUCGUCGCUUGCCCGCCAUGCCCCUCAUCCAGGAAUCCUACGACCAUCUCCCUUAUGUCGAUACGGAGCUCGAUGCUGCGAGCCUGGUCGCCGCCAGACAUGCCAUCAAUGCCGAUAUCAGGAGCGCGGGCGUAGACACGACAGACAUGCAUCCAGCGCUGAUACCAGCCGCCACAAAAUACACACCCACCUUUUCCGACUUCAUUACACGCGAGCAUGCGCGCCUCGACGACGACCCUACCUCGAAGCUCUCUGGCGUCGACCUGAAGCGCUACGAGGAUCUCGAUGCGCCGGAGAGCACCACCCCGACCAGCGAUGAGGAUAGGCCUGAGUUGCUGGAGCGGUGGAACAAGGCGCUGAAACAGGCGUACACAAGCUCCGAGUAUGUGCAAGGCAGGCUGACACAGUUGGGCCUGUUGGAGAAGUUCGGGAAGAACGCAUGGUUAGUGGGCAACUCGCAGUUGGAGGAUAUACUCAAGGGCAUCGAGGCUGAGCUGGCGGAUUUGGGAAAGCAGCAAGAAGAGGUGGAGAUGGCGAGGAGGUCGCAACAAGAUAGCGCAGGUGCUGAGCUCAAGACACUCGAGGAGACGUGGAAGAAGGGCGUAGGGAGAGUUUUGGAGACUGAGGUCGCGGCUGAAGGGUUGAAGUUGCAGAUUCUGGACAAGAGGAGGGCAGGCGCCGUUUGAAAAUUUCGUCACCGUCCGAGUGAGGACAUAGUAGCAUGAUACCCAAUACACACCCAUUAUACAGCAGCACUGUGCCGUCAUCCCAAAAUCCCAAGGGGA